GAGCGGCGGCGGCGGCGGGAUGAGCGAGCGCAGCCCCCACGACCCCCCCGCGGCGGCGGAGGCCCCCGGUGGGCAGCAGCAAGGUGAGGACCCCCUUGUCACCGCUGUCACCGCUGUCACCGCUGGGUCCGUGUCCCUGUCCUUGCGGGGGGUGGCGGGAUGUCCCCCGGGGUGUCCCCAGGCCAAGGCCGGUGCCCCCAAGAAGGAGGAAGAGGAGGAGGAGGAGGAGAUCGACAUCGACCUGAGCGCGCCCGAGACGGAGCGCGCGGCGCUCGCCAUCCAGGGCAAAUUCCGCAAAUUCCAGCGGCGGAAGAAAGAACCGGGGCCCUGAGGGGGGGCCCGGGACCCCCAAACCUCGGGGGGACCCCCUGGGGGUGGGGGAGGGGGGUUUGGCCCUUCCCUGCCCCGAGUGACACGCGGGGGGGGACACGGGUGGGUGUCCCCAGCACGGGAGGCGGCGGGGACCCCCCCGUUUUCCCGGGAACCCCAAAUUUCCGUGGGAACCCCCAUUUUCCUGUCCUGUGAUGGCGCUGGGGACACCGGGGGGGACACGAUGAUGUCACCAAAUGAGGGGAGCCCCCGGGCUCGGGCUCGGGGUCCCGCUGCUGCCCCCCGCCCAGGAAAUGGGGGUUCCCCUCCCUCCUGUCACUGUCACUGUCACUGUCACCGUCCCCCCGCUCUGUCCUGUACAGACAAUAAAGUGUGAGGAACAGGA